UAAAGCGGCUUGAGGCUGCAGAGAGAAAAGGAAGUGAGCGAUCAGAAGCAUUGUAGUUUACACCGUGGUUGUGUCUGUCGUGUCACACCGCUUGCAGGACUUUUCUGUCGGAGAUGUCACAUGCAUGGAUGAUGUCCUGACAUGAUCUGUAAUGCACUGAGAAUGCACUGGGUUGCGGAGAGGCCUGGAGCUACCUCAUGGAUUUACCAGGAUGUUUAGGUCCAUACGCAAGAGCUGUAUCUGAGUACAGAGAUGCCUUUGAUGAUUGUGGAGACGAGCUGCAGCCUGAUUGGCUGGUUCUUUCUGUAUGUGCUGCUGUGUCACUGGAACAGAGCGAGAGAUUGUGAGUGGAACUGCAGACUGGUAACUCUGCUCCACGGCAUCCUGAUCGUCUGUGUGACUGCCUACAUUGGCUUCAUUGCUGGGCCAUGGCCUUUCUCACACCCCGGUACUGAAAACACAUCUCUCCAGAUCCUGGCUCUUGUGCUCAGCUUAGGAUACUUCCUCUUUGACAUGGCUUGGUGUGUGUAUUUCCGCACUGAGGGUCCGGUGAUGCUGGCCCACCACACCAUGAGCAUCUUUGGACUCGUGCUGGCACUAGGGCUGGGCGAGUCGGGCAUCGAGACCUGUGCUGUCCUGUUCGGCAGUGAGAUCACCAACCCGCUCCUGCAGGCCCGCUGGUUCCUCAAGCGCAUGGGCCGCUAUGAGAGUUUAGCAGGAGACGUGGUGGACCUGCUCUUCAUUCUUCUGUUUGCCUCUGUGAGGAUUGGUGUUGGGAGCAGAAUGCUCUAUUGUGAAUUAUCCUCUCUGAAGCCAUCGCUCAUCGUGAAAGUCGGUGGAGUGGCUAUUUACACUCUCUCCUGGAUCUUCAUGAUAGACAUUGCACGUUUUGCCUGCAAGAAAACUCGCACCAAAUACAGGCGAUGGAAGGAACAGUACAAGUUGAAUGAUGCUAAUGGACAUGCUGUUAAAGUCAGAUAGGCCUUUCUAUGCUUUAGGACUGGGGAAAUAGAAUUUUUGCUGAUAUAACUAAAAAUAUUUUGUUAAUUUAACAGGGUUACAUUUUUAUGGAUAUUUAAAAAACUCUCUAUAUCUAAAACAUACCUACAAAAAUGUAAAGCCAGUAUGGCUAUUCCUGUCAUUUCUGACUUUCUCAAAUUGGAUUUACUCUGCAAACUGCCCAUGUCAUAUAAAGA